AUGUCUCGAGUAAGAGGUGGCCAUUCUCCUGCACGAUCCCCGUCUCGACCUCAUCGGCGGAGGUCAACCCGUGGUCGGUCCAACGGUGACGAGAACGGCAAUGGCGAUGGCAGCAACGACAACAACAAAUCGUCUUCACCUGUACCCUCUCCCGGCUCUUGGAAUGUGGAUCGAGGACGAUCGAGGGUGAGGAGGCCGUCCAACCCCUUCUCGGAGGAUAAUCUGCGUCGAAGGGUACCAUUCGCUGCAUUCAUCGUUUGGCAAAGUGUUUCAUGUAGAGAAGAGGUGGAAGCUGGUGAGGGAGAUGGGUUCUGGUGCUUAUGGGGUGGUAAUGUGUUAUUUCUCCUUCCCUGGGUACAUACGAAACCUGCCCCCAUCCCCUCGCCCUCCAGUUCAGCGGCCGACGAAAUCUCAGGCGAAACAGUAGCCAUCAAGAUGGUCACCCGAGUGUUUGAAAAGAUACAACUUGCAAAACGGGCUCUCAGGGAGAUCACCCUCCUCAGACAUUUCGCCAACCACGAAAAUAUAACUGGCUUGAUUGACGUAGAUGCUGUUUCCCCUGAUUUCAAUGAAAUUUACAUCUUCAUGGAGUCUGGUCAAGUUCUCACCAACGAACAUGUGCAAUAUUUCUUGUACCAGAUUCUGCGAGGAAUGAAAUUCAUUCACUCUGCGGGAGUCAUCCAUCGAGACCUCAAACCGGGCAAUCUGCUCGUGAACGCUGAUUGCGAACUCAAGAUAUGCGAUUUUGGCCUUAGCAGGGGGUUCGAUGCUGUCCCCGACGAGAACGCUACGCGACUUACGGAGUACGUGGCGACGAGGUGGUACAGGGCGCCGGAGAUCAUGUUGGCAUUUCCUAAAUCAUAUCAGCUUGCCUUGAAUUUCUUGUGCUUACUGGGUAUCCUAGUCGAUGUUUGGUCAAUUGGCUGCAUUCUGGGAGAACUACUGCUAGGAAAACCCCUCUUUAAGGGGAAAGAUUACGUUGACCAACUAAACAAAAUCCUGGACAUACUAGGCUCGCCGGACGAGACUAUCAUCCAAAAGAUUGGGAGCGACAAGGCUCAAGCCUAUGUCCGUUCUUUACCGUUUAGGAGAACUGUUCCAUUCCGACGCGUUCUACCUGGCUCGGACCCGCUAGCCCUUGACUUGAUGGCCAAAAUGCUCUCGUUUGAUCCAUCUACGCGUGUAACGGUUCUCGAAUCCCUCGAACACCCAUGGCUCGCUGCAUAUCACGACGAAAGCGACGAACCUGAAUGUUCUGAACGGUUUGAAAGGUGGAGAGAGAUCGAAAAACUCGAGACAUUGGACGACUUCCGCAAGGCGCUGUGGGAUGAAAUCGAGGACUACCGUCGGGAAGUCCGGGGGCUCUUGCCUGUGGUUGACCCGCUGGAACUGAAGGAACGGGACGCGGACAAGGAGAGGGACGCGACCAAGGAAGAGGAGUUUUCAGAGACGAAGGCUCCAGAAGGCGAUGUUCAGAAUGGGAAAGAUACUCCGAGUGCAGAUGUUUCGGUUUCCACAGUACCUUCAGAACCUGCCGUCGAGACACCGCCCACCGAGCCGACUGCGCCCGUGGCUGUCGUGGACACGAGCUUGAAGUCGACUGCAGCUUCCAUCAUCAGCGCCAACAAAGUCAUGGUCGACAGCCCAGAAUCACAACACGUCCAAACCUCGAAAGGCGGAACGGACCCAGUCGUGACGUAUGCUCGUCGUUCGAGCAUCAUGCAACCCUCGAGACAAGGAUCGACGUACAACUCUCCCGUUCCGUCGACGCAGUAUCUCCCGACCUUCAUCGAAGGGCAGAGCCUGAACCUCGGUGGAGACGCGGCCAGCAUACUCGGGGCUUCAGGGAUCGGUGCAGGGGCCGGAAACUCCAUUGCUUUCCCAAGUACCCAGCCACCUGGCUACGUCGUCCCUGCACGAUCGCGAACCGGAUCCACUGUUGGUGGGGAGGUUAAUAGGAGGUUGCUCCGCACCCUUUCGACGGUGUCUAUCCAUGAACCAAGUCAGGGCAAAGUGGGUGGUUUGGCAGGUGUGGCUCCGAUUGGAAAGUUCAUUGUUAGGGGAGACGGUGAGGGCGUCACGGAGGGCGUCACGGAGGCUGAUGCACCUCCAAGUGAAAUGCCGAGAGAGUUCUUGGGUAGGAGCGGGGAGGGCAGUGGGAGUGGAGAUGAAACCAAGACAAAGGGAGACAAAAAGGAAAGGAAAAAAUUCCAUGUCGAAUAA